GGCUGGAGCGGAGCAGCGCGGCGGGCCGGUGCCGGGCGGGCAGCGGCUGAGGCGGCGCCAAGGGAGCGGCGGUGACCCUCGGAGGAGGAGGGCGGGGAGGAGGAGGAGGCAGGGGUCCUGGGUCCGCCUGAUCGAGCGUGUCGUGUGGGGUCUGUCCGCAGGGUGUCCUGCAGCCGCGCUCCGUCAUCCCCUGGCAAGGAGUCUCGGGCGUCGCCGUCCCCCCCCUGACAUCCCCCUCAGCUCCCCCAUCUGCCGCUCCCCCCUCCCGCGGGGGUCCAUGAGUCGCGGGCGCGCAGCCCCGGCAGCGCCCCUCGCCCGCUCCCCCGGCUCCGGCAGCGGUCCGGCGAGGCGGCGGAGGUGAGAUGGGGGGCAGCCUGGGCUGCCACCGCUCCAUCCCCCGCGACCCGGCUGACCUGUGCCACAGUCGCAAGUUCAGCGCGGCGUGCAACUUCAGCAACAUUCUGGUCAACCAGGAGAGGCUCAACAUCAACACGGCCACGGAGGAGGAGCUGAUGACCCUCCCCGGGGUCACACGGGUGGUAGCCCAGAACAUCGUGGAGUACCGGGAGUACAUCGGUGGCUUCAAGAAAGUGGAGGACCUGGCGCUGGUGAGCGGGGUCGGGGCGGCCAAGCUGGAGCAGGUUAAGUUCGAGAUCUGCGUGAGCAGCAAGGGCAGCUCGGCACAGCACUCGCCCAGCUCCCUGCGCAAGGAUCCGGUCUCCGAGCAUCAUCUCUCCACCACCAAGAUCAACAUUAACACUGCCACCCCAGCCCAGCUCAUGAGCAUCCGUGGCAUCACCGAGAAGAUCGCCAACAGCAUUGUGGACUACCGUAAAGAACACGGGCCCUUCAAGAGUAUCGAGGACCUGGUAAGGAUGGACUGCAUCAACUCCUCCUUUUUGGACAAAAUCAGGCAUCAGAUUUUUGCAGAGCGGUCCCGGCCUCCUUCGACGAACACCAGUGGUGGCCUCAACUUCACAGCUAAGCCUCACCCCAGCCCCACUUCUCUGAGCCUCCAGAGUGAGGACCUGGACUUUCCUCCUGGGGGUCCCACCCAGAUCAUAUCCACUCGCCCCUCUGUGGAGAUGUUUGGGGGAGUGAGAGAUGGCAGACCUGUCCUGAGGGUGGCUACCUGGAACCUGCAAAGCUGCUCCAUCGAGAAGGCCAACAACCCAGGUGUGCGGGAAGUUGUGUGCAUGACCCUGCUGGAGAAUAGACUAAAGCAAAUCAACCAACAGCCUGGGGAUGUCUCCUGCUAA